AUGGAGUCUCCUGCAGAGCGCCGCCGCCGCCGCCGUAGGGUCCCGGAUGCGGUUCGGAAGCGGGCCCCUCGGGCAUGUGACCGAUGCAAGGCCCGCAAGAACAAAUGCAUCGAGACUCCUUCUGGAGAACGUCAUCCGUCCGGCGAAGAGAUUGAGGCUUUCGCUUCGGCGGUGACUCCGACGGUGACUUCGCGAACCACGGGGAUGAGACCUGUUGAUAACACAGAACGACAGGGCAAUCAGACGAAAAAUGACGCCUGUUCUACUCUCAAUACACCCUUGGAUCAAAGUAUCAGCGAUAACUUCUCCCCGGCAGACAGUGCGCCCUCAGAAGCCUUCAUGUGGCCACGCUUCCUCUCCCGCCUGCGAGAAGCCUUCUGUCUUGACUCGCAAACCCCGUCCGGAGAGCAGGAUAUGACCAAAUUGCAGUCUCGAAUCUCGGAUAGUCCUUCAGCUGACCCUGCCGAGCUUCGACGUAUCAAGAGGGCUGUGAAAAGCUUUCCCCCGCGGGGCGUUGCCGACUUCCUGGUAUCGGUCUGCAUCGCAUACGGGACCGACAUUUUCUUCUACCUGGAUCAGAGCCACUUCAUGCGCGAGCUUGAUCAUUUAUACAACGAUGAACUUUCGCCUUUGAGGGAAGACACCGGGUUUGUUUGUCUAGUGCUUGCAGUGUUUGCGCUGGGCAGCCAGUGGACGGCGUUGGCUAGACCGGAAGACUUGAGCAAUACCGCUUUGACGGAAGGUCGGACUUUCGACCCUGGCCGCAUCUUCUACAACCAGGCUCGCAUUCUAAUCUCUGACCUACUGGAUCGGCCUUGCAUCAGAUCAGUCCAGGCGACAUUCAUACUGGGCGUCUACCUCAUGCCAGCCAGCGCCAUCAGCGCGUCCUACGUCUACAUGGGAUUAGCCCUGCGGAAGGCUCUGGCUAUCGGACUGCACCAAGAGCCUGAUGAUCCCUCUUUGAGUGGGGACGAGAAGGAGACCAGAAGAAGGCUGUGGUGGUCAAUUUAUUCCCUCGAAAGAACAGUCACCAUCAAGCUCAAUCGACCGCGAUCCGUGGACCAGGAGAUCAUUACAACAUCUUUACCAAAGCCGACUUCACGGGACGUAACUCAAAAGUUCGACAAUGUACAGCAUCAAAUAGCAAAUGCAGCUUUUGUCAGAAUCAUCGAUAAGCUUUCAGAACCUGGACUGCAAAAUAUCGAUCCAAAGUCAUCCAGUUAUCGUGCCGUCUUCCACCUACACCUGAACUACUACUUCGCCUGGAUCGAUAUGGGCAAGGUCUCCGUGGUGACUGUCGUCCGAGCUCGUCUGCAAGAGAUAUUUCACACAAGUACCGCCCCCUCAGCCGUGCCAAGAGACGUUGAGCAAUCUUCAGAGGCAUGCAUCAAAGCAGCGAAGAAGAUGCUGGAGCUUUUCGAGGGGCUCUGUCGCGGCGGCAAUAUGGCGCGAUUCUCGUUCACGGACUUUCAAGGCUGUAGCAUUGCCACAAUUAUUGUGUUGCUCGCCGGGAUUCUGGACCGCGAUUCUGGAUAUGAGGGGCGGGUAGCAUUUGGCCUUGACUGUCUCCGCAGGAUGGCCAGCGGCGGGAACACGACGGCAAAGAUGGGCGUGCGCUUUGUUGAGGCCUUGCAGGCCAUCACCAAUGAAGCAAGGACCAAACUUGUGAUGGCCCGGAGAAGAGAGACAAGUCAGGCUCAAGAGUCCUCAUUAGGACAAGCAGAGGGUUACGGGCGGUGGGCGGAAUGGUUGGCAAACACCGAAGUUGUCGGAAGCCCUUCGGGCGACGAAUCCGAUCUUGAUAUGGAGCAGUCGGCGCAUCCACCGACUUCUGCUCAUGGUCCAAUGAUAUCACCGGACAUCAUGCUCUCUUCUCCAUGGGAGGAGGCAGCAGCCCUACAGUUACAAGAGAUGUCGGCCUCAGGAUUCGGCAUACCGGCAGGGGAAGCAGUAGCAGUUGACGAAAGCACAUUGAUACCCUUGCCUACCGGGGAAGAAGCCUGGCUGCCGUCGUUCGUAUGGAAUGAUGACCAGAUGUACCUGAUGGGCUUGACUGGUAUGGAUGGACUAGACUUUAUGGGAGGGAUGUCAUAG